AUGCGGACGCUCCUUGCCCUUUCGGCCUUAGCCGGCCUGGCUGCUGCCACCCUGCCGGCCUACACCGUCAACCGUCCCGUCAUUCGCCGCGAUUCUCGCGCGGAUGCUGUCAAGGAGGCCUUUUCUCAUGCCUGGGACGGGUACUAUACCUAUGCUUUUCCUCACGACGAGCUGCAUCCCAUUUCGAAUGGCUUCGGAGACUCGCGGAAUAACUGGGGGGCGUCGGCGGUGGACGCCUUAUCAACUGCUAUUAUGAUGCGCAACGCCACGAUCGUCAAUCAGAUUAUAGAUCAUAUCGCUACUAUAGACUAUUCGAAGACUGGUACAAUGGUGAGCUUGUUUGAGACGACAAUUCGAUAUCUCGCCGGCAUGAUUUCUGGGUACGAUCUGCUCAAAGGCCCGGCUGCCGGGUUGGUGGAGGAUAGCAGGGUUGGUGUGCUACUGGAGCAGUCGAAGAAUCUCGCGGACGUCCUGAAAUUCGCAUUCGACACGCCCUCCGGUGUUCCGUACAACAUGAUCAAUAUCACCUCCCGCGGGAACGACGGCGCGACGACCAAUGGACUCGCUGUCACUGGCACACUGGUACUAGAGUGGACACGCCUUUCGGACCUCACCGGAAACGACGAGUAUGCGCGACUGAGCCAGAAAGCUGAAGACUACCUUCUUCACCCCGAGCCCGCGCGCUACGAGCCAUUUCCCGGCUUGAUCGGCAGCGCAGUUAACAUCAACGAUGGCUCGCUAGCGAAUGGCCACAUCAGCUGGAGCGGCGGCGCGGAUUCGUACUACGAGUACCUGAUCAAGAUGUACGUCUACGAUCCGGAGCGGUUCGGCCUGUACCGAGACCGCUGGGUCGCGGCCGCCGAGUCGAGCAUCGCGCACCUAGCUUCGCAUCCAUCAAGCCGUCCGGACUUGACCUUCCUGGCAACAUACAACGAAGAAAAUCAGCUUGGUUUGUCGAGCCAGCACCUGACCUGCUUUGACGGCGGAAGCUUCUUACUCGGUGGGACACUGUUAGAUCGUCAAGACUUUGUCGACUUCGGCCUCGACCUCGUCGCAGGCUGCCACGAGACUUACAACUCGACUCUGACCGGUAUCGGUCCAGAAGACUUUAGCUGGGAUUCGAACGGUGUACCCGACGAUCAAAGAGUCCUAUUCGAGAGCGCGGGUUUCUACAUCACCAACGGGCAGUAUAUCCUGCGCCCCGAGGUCAUCGAGAGCUUCUACUAUGCAUGGCGUGUCACGGGUGACGAAACCUACCGCGAAUGGGUGUGGGCGGCCUUCUCCAACGUGAACAAGUACUGCCGCACGGCAUCCGGCUUCGCAGGCCUCCAUGAUGUGGACGCGGAGAACGGUGGCGGCCGCAUUGACAACCAGGAGAGCUUCAUCUUCGCGGAGGUGCUCAAGUACUCGUAUCUGGCUUUUGCUCCGGAGGACGAGUGGCAGGUUCAGAAGGGCAGCGCGAAUACGUUUGUGUAUAAUACCGAGGCGCAUCCGUUUAAGGUAUAUACCCCUCAGUAG